CGGCACUAGUCGCGACGCGGGCAUGGAGGCUUCGCGCUACCGACUCGGACCCUACGGGGACAGUUUGUUUGCUGCGGCCAGGUUUGAACCCGCCACCUGCAGUAUAUGGGGCCGGUGCCCUACUCCUUGAGCCACAGUACCUUUGAAGAUGAGACCAUGAAGCUUCGACAGCUGAAACUAGAUAAUCAGCGAGCACUCCUGGAGAAGAAGCAAAGAAAAAAGCGCCUUGAGCCACUCAUGGUACAGCCAAAUCCAGAAGCGAGGCUGCGUCGCCCAAAGCCACGAGGCAGUGAGGAGCAUACUCCUCUAGUGGAACCUCGUACUCCUCACAGCAAUGUCAUCCUACAUGGCAUUGAUGGUCCAGCUGCCUUCCUGAAGCCAGAUGCUCAAGAUUUAGAAAGCAAACUUCAUGUUCUUUCAGUAGGCUCUUCUGCUACAGAGGAAGAUACUGAAGGAAGUGUUGAUGGGGAAAGCACUUUGGAUACCACUUCCAAGCCAGAUCUUCAGGAAAUUCUCCAAAAACAUGGUAUCUCAGGUAGUUUGAACUUUGAUGAAGAAGAGAUGGACAGUGAGGAAGAAGGAAAAAAAUUAACAUGCCAUCCACCAUAUUCAGACACAGAGAGGCCCAAUUCCGCAUCCAGCCAGAAAUCAGCCACAGAUAUAGGAGCUUCCAGCACUGCAGCCCAACAGGCUGACAACCAGCUGGGUGAAGUGGAGAAUUUAGAAGACUUCGCAUAUAGUCCUGCCCCUCGAGGUGUCACAGUAAAGUGUCGGAUAACCAGGGAUAAAAAAGGAAUGGAUCGGGGUCUCUUCCCUACCUACUAUAUGCAUUUGGAAAAAGAUGAAAAUCGGAAGAUAUUUCUUCUUGCGGGUAGAAAGCGGAAAAAGAGCAAAACAUCCAACUACCUUAUCUCCACUGACCCAACAGAUUUAUCUCGUGAAGGUGAAAGUUAUAUUGGCAAACUCAGAUCUAACCUCAUGGGGACCAAGUUUACAGUUUAUGACCAUGGGGUCAGCCCAAUCAAGGCUCAGGGUCUGGUGGAAAAGGUCCACACACGCCAGGAGCUGGCCGCCAUCUGCUAUGAAACAAAUGUUCUUGGAUUUAAAGGUCCUAGGAAAAUGUCUGUGAUCAUUCCAGGGAUGAAUAUGAAUCAUGAACGGAUUCCAUUUCGGCCACGAAAUGAUCAUGAGGGCUUGCUUUCGAAAUGGCAAAACAAGACCAUGGAGAACUUGAUUGAAUUGCACAACAAGGCCCCAGUGUGGAAUGAUGACACCCAGUCCUACGUCCUGAAUUUCCAUGGCCGGGUGACCCAGGCUUCUGUGAAGAACUUUCAGAUAGUCCAUGGAAAUGACCCUGAUUAUAUAGUCAUGCAGUUUGGACGAGUGGCAGAUGACGUGUUCACACUGGACUACAACUACCCACUAUGUGCUCUUCAGGCCUUCGCCAUUGGGCUUUCUAGCUUUGACAGCAAGCUAGCAUGUGAAUGAAAGUGGAUGGAGCACAGAGCUGGGCUUCCUCACAGCAGAGCUUUCAGAAUCUCACAGUCACCGCCCUUGCCUUUGCACCAGGAUAUGAAAACCUCCCCUUGGAAUGAUCCCUGAGUGUGUGUAUGUGUGAAUAUGUAUGUGUAUACGUUUUCUCUCUCUCUCCCUGCCCCUCUGCCUCCCUCCCCCUGGGUUUCAUAGCAGUGGUCAGGGAUCAUAGCUUAGCAUGGGUGAGAGAUUGCUUCAAGCAUAGAGAGGAUUUUGUCACAUUGGUGACCCAUGACAUUAUUGCCCAACAGAUUCUGUGCCUCAAGAGUGAAGUUUCUAGUGCUUGGAAACUUGUAGUAGAAUCAGGUUCUAAUGAUUAAAUACUUGGGUCUUCUUUUUUUUUCAGACAGUUUUAUUUUGUUACCAUCGGUAGAGCACCAUGGCAUCAUAGCUCAUAGCAACCUUAAACUCUUGGGCUCAAGUGAUCCCCUUGCCUCAGUCUCCUGAGUAGCUAGGGCUACAGGCGCCGAGUACUACACCUGGCUAGUUUUUCUAUUUUUAGUAGAGAUGGGGUCUUGCUCUUGCUCAGGCUAGUCUCGAACUCCUAAGGUCAGGUGAUUCACUUGCCUUGGCUUCCCAGAGUGUUAGGAUUACAGGCAUGAGCCACAUGCCCAGCUUGGGGUCUCUUUUUAAAGACCUUUUCAAAGGGGGACAAUUCCCUCCCUAAGUUGCCUUUACUCUCCAGGGCAGGGUCUGCAGAAUUCUUCUGCGAAUGGCCAGAUAGUCUCUCUCCCAUUUGUCAUUUCUGCCUUUGCAGUACAGAAGCAGCCAUGGGCAAUUCAUCAAUGCAUGAGUGUGGCUGUGUUCCAAUGAGACUAUAUUUACAAAAACAGGUAGGGCGGCGCCUGUGGUUCAGUGAGUAGGGCGCCGACCCCAUAGACUGAGGGUGGUGGGUUCGAACCCGGCCCUGGCCAAACUGCAACAAAAAAAUAGCCAGGUGUUGUGGUGGGCGUCUAGUCCCAGCUACUCAGGAGGCUGAGGCAAGAGAAUUGCCUAAGCCCAAGAGCUGGAGGUUGCUGUGAGCUGUGACGCUACGGCACUCUACUGAUACCGAGGGUGACAAAGUGAGACUCUCUCUAAAAAAAACAAACAGGCAGCAGGCUAGAUUUGGCCCAUGGGUUAUAGUUUGCCAAUUGCUGCUUUACCUAUACCCAUAUACUCUUUAGGCUUGAACAUUUUUCAAAAUUGGCGUAUUUAGAAACACCAGUCCUACAGAUUGUCUGUAAAGAGAUGCCACAUCCUCUGUUAUUUACAUCAGUUUACCUUGUUUUGGUGACAUUGGUUUCUAGAGUAUCCUCUACCAUUAAGACUGGGAGAAUCUAAAGUUAGGGAUCAUUUUGAGUCCACACAGGUGACUUAAUUUUCCUUUCUCCUCCACCUUACCGAUGGGAGAAAGUGAUGACAGUCACUUUACCCACCCUAAGAAAAGAAUUUAUGUCUACUAGAAAACAAAUCUAGAAUUACAUUUUCUUUAUGAGAAGAAGUGUGGUAUUUGUUUCACAGAGCUGGACUGUCCCCUCACGGGGCUGGGAAAGCACUGAUGUCACAGUCCUCUCUUCCCUUUCCUCUCUCAGAGCAGGUUGGUUGGAACCAAUCUCAGGCAAAGUGGCUGUGGUCAGAUUUGUGAUAAAUUAUGUGAGAAUUUUAUAUAAUUGUUUUCAUUUGUUAAGGCUAAAUCAUAAACUCUAGAGGUGACGUAGUCUAGUUAAGACUGAGAGUAAUUAAAAAAAAAAAAAGACUGAGAGUAAUUUGAUAAUUGCCUUCAUGUUCAACCCAAGAGUGCCUCCCAAAGCUAUGUCACUAUGGAGCCAUUAGUAUGGAGGGAUGCACACACCUGUAGACAGGAUGUGUAAACACUUCAUUAUCAAGACAGGUAGCAGGAGAGGCCCUGGCGAGGACCCGCUAGCUGCCUCCUGGGCUUUGCAGGCCCCUGUGGGCAGGCUUGGGCCAGCGUUCUUGAUAUGCCAAUUGCUAGCUCCCCAUGCCUGCUUCACUGGUGCAGAUUGUGGUCCUGUCAAUUUUCAUCACAAAUCAGAUCUUCGCUGUCUUUAGUACCUUUCAACAAAUCAUGUGACUCUCAGUACCAGUUCACCUGUCCCAGAGUGUUUCUGUCCUCGAGCACCCAAGAUCUCUGUGUGUCUGCCUUCAGCCUGCUACGCUGAGCUGUUUGCCAGCACAGGCCAGAGAGCCAGUGGCUGUUGCUCCAUCGUGUUUCUCUUCUGUGGACUGUCUUUUUGUCCCUGCUUCCUGCUGUUCCCUGCUCCACAUCAAAUAAUCAUGUGAAGGAAAGAGAUCUAGGAGAUGCAAAGACCUUCGGCUCAUCCCUGCUGGCAGUUGCAACCUGCGUGGUUUUCAUGUGACGGGCUCCCAUCUCAGGCGUGCUAGCCAUCAAGUGCCUCAUUUACAGACGUGCCCCAGAGCCCUUCACACCACCGUCCUCCAUCCUGAGGCACUGCCUAACAAGCUACCCUGUUGGACACAGAGCUGGUCCCUUAUUUCCAGGUGCAACGUAUCACCGCAUCUGGGGCAGGGGAACCUACAGUGGGCAGCCUGGACCUGAUCUUGCUUCCUCCUCCUUUCUCUGGCUUGGAGAGAUAAGUACUCCAGUGUUAUGUUCUUUCUGCUUGAGUGCACAGGUGAUUGGUUUUACAUUAAUCAUAUUUAUACCUUUUUUAUGCCACAGAAAUAAAAGAUAAU